AUGGGCUUCCCUCCCAAGCUUCCGCGAACCCAUCAGAACGAGGCGUUAAAGCCCGUCAAGCCUCCCAGCGGCCAUUUCUUCUUCGCCGGCCGAACCUUCCCGCGCAUCAAGUGGUGGAGAGACGCCCAUCUGCGCAAGCUAUACAUCUACAUCGUCGUGCUCAUCCUGACCAACACAGCGAAUGGCUUCGACGGCUCCAUGAUGAACGGCCUCCAGACCCUCUCUUACUGGCGCGAGUACUUCCACCACCCCAGGGGCUCCAUCCUCGGCCUCUUCAACGCCGCCAUGUCCCUCGGCUCGCUCACCGGGCUCCUGUUCGUCCCGCACCUCGUCGAUCGCUUCGGGCGGAAGUCGGGCGUGACGGUCGGCUGCCUCGUCAUGCUCGUCGCCGUGGGGCUGCAGACCGGCGCGCGAAACUUCGGCAUGUUCGUUGCGGCGCGGCUGCUGUUGGGCUUGGGAGACUGCAUCGUGCUCGGCUCGGCGCCGUUGCUGAUUGCCGAGAUUGCGCAUCCGCAGGACCGAGCCGUGUUGGUGACGCUGAGUGCCGCCUCGUACCAUUCGGGGGCCUUCAUUGCGAGUUGGGUUACGUAUGGGACGCUGAGGAUCGAGAGUGACUGGUCGUGGAGGCUCCCCAGCUUGCUGCAGUCCAUCUGCAGCGUCGUCAUCCUCGCGAUGAUGUGGUGGGUUCCAGAGAGCCCUCGCUGGCUGCUGAACAGAGAUCGUCCGGAGCAGGCCCUCGGGAUACUGGCUCAUUACCACGCCGGCGGCCGGCGAGACGAUGAGUUCGUCCAGCUUGAGUUCACCGAGAUCCGCACAACCAUCACCCUCGACAGGGAAGCCGAGGCCAACUCCUGGCUAGACCUCAUCCGCACCAAAGGCAAUCGCAAGAGGAUCGGGAUCAUCACCGCCAUCGGGUUCUUCUCCCAAUGGUCAGGGAACGGACUCAUAUCGUAUUAUUUGUACCAAGUGAUGAACAGCAUGGGCAUCACGAACCCUAACACGCAGCUAGGUAUCAACGCCGGGCUGAAGACCUGGGGACUCUUCGUCAAUGUCUUCAUGUCUUUCUUCGUUGACAGGGUGGGACGACGGCCGAUCUAUCUGGUUUCGACGAUCGGUACGCUCGUGGCGUUUACGAUCUGGACGGUCAUCUCGGCGAGGUAUGCAAUUGCACCGCAGGACAGUCUCGGCGCCGCGUUCGUGUUCAUGAUAUUUGUGUAUGGAACAUGCUACGACUUUAAAUCGGGACUCCUCGCUUCGUACACAACGGAGAUUCUGCCCUACGGGAUCCGCGCCAAAGGGUUCACCUGGAUGAACUUCUGCGUCACGGCAGCGCUGUUCUUCAACCAAUACGUCAAUGCAAUUGCUCUCGAAGCAUUGGCUUGGAGGUACUAUCUCUUCUACUGCGUGUUCCUUGUGUUUGAGGUUGCUGUCAUCUACUUCUUCAUCAUCGAGACGAGAUAUACACCGCUGGAAGAGAUUGCGAAGUUCUUCGACGGAGAGGAUGCGGUCGAUGUUGCUGAGAUUGCGAAUGCAGAAAUGAAGGAUAUGGAUAAGGGUGCUACGCAGGAGAUAGAGGAGGUGGGAGAAGUAGGCGGUGCGAUUCAUGCCCGAAAAGACGUGUGA